CUGUCUUUUACCAUCUCCACUUCACUACUAUGCCACCAUAAUUAAAACCUGGUAAUGGCGAGAGAUGAGCAAUGGCGCACUAUAUGUGGAUAUCGAUAAGCAUCAGAUUGACGAGUGUUCAAUUAUGUCACGCCAAUAUCCACCAUUUUUGCAAUUAUAAAUGCCUCUAGUUUAGCUUCAGAUAAUAUAUAUCUUUAUCAAUCAUUCUCAAUAACUUAAUCAAACCCAUGAAAGGUCUUUUCAUUUUCUUCCUUCUCUUUCCUUUAUCUUUUCUGAUAGAAACAACAGCAAUCGCAAAUCAGAACGAUGGGGUUUAUAUUGUUUACAUGGGAGCCGCCAAUGGUUACGUAGAGAAUGACUAUGUCCAGCUUCUCAGCUCCAUCUUAACACGGAAAAAGAAUUCUCUAGUACGUAGCUACAGAAAUGGAUUCUCAGGUUUUGCAGCUCGUUUAUCAGAAGCAGAGGUGCAAUCAAUUGCUAAAAGACCAGGAGUUGUGUCUGUUUUUCCUGAUCCUGUGUUGCAACUUCAUACUACUCGAUCAUGGGAUUUCUUGAAAUAUCAAACUGAUAUUGAAAUAGACUCUAGCUCAAUGUCUCAUGGAUCGGACACCAUUGUUGGGAUAAUAGAUACAGGUAUUUGGCCUGAAUCAGAGAGUUUUAAUGACAAAGAUAUGGGUCCUAUUCCAUCUCACUGGAAGGGAACCUGUGUUAAAGGUUACAACUUCAAAUCAUCCAAUUGUAACAAGAAAAUAAUUGGAGCAAGAUUUUAUGAUAGUCCUGAAGAUGAUGAAGAUGAAAUUUAUCAAACUCCUAGAGAUGCGAUUGGACAUGGCACUCAUGUAGCUGCUACAGCAGCAGGAGCUGUUGUGUCAAAUGCAUCUUACUAUGGCCUAGCUGAAGGGACAGCUAAAGGCGGCUCUCCUAUGUCGCGGAUUGCUGUGUAUAGGGUAUGUUCAGAGAAUGGAUGCUAUGGCAGCAACAUAUUAGCAGCAUUUGAUGAUGCAAUUGCAGAUGGUGUUGAUGUACUAUCAAUAUCACUUGGUACUCCAUCAGGAUUUGUUUCUGAUUUAAAUAAGGAUACAAUCGCCAUCGGAGCAUUCCACGCUGUUGAGAAUGGGAUCACUGUAGUCUGCUCUGCAGGAAAUGAUGGACCUACUUCAGGAACAGUUGUGAAUGAUGCACCUUGGAUUUUGACUGUCGCUGCCACUACCAUUGACAGAGAUUUUGAGUCAGAUGUUGUGUUGGGUGGAAACAAAGUGAUCAAGGGUGAAGGCAUAAAUUUUGCUGAUAUUGGAAAAUCUCCAGUGCACCCUUUGAUAUAUGGAAAGUCAGCCAAGACAGAUGUUGCAACUGAAAUGGAUGCAAGAAACUGCAGAUCAGGGUCCAUGAAGAAGGAGAUGAUCAAAGGAAAGAUCGUAUUCUGUUAUAACGAUGAUUUUGAAUUCCCAGGUGAUGAGAUGAAGCAGGAAGUGCAGAGCUUGGAAGGAAUUGGUCUGGUUUUGGCUGAUGACAAGACAAGGGCGGUUGCAUUUAAUUACAAGGAAUUUCCAAUGACUGUUAUAAAUUCAAGGGAUGCUGCUGAAAUCGAGUCAUACAUAAACUCAACUCGAAAUCCAGUUGCAACUAUCUUACCGACCACCACAGUCAUAAAUUAUAAGCCAGCGCCGACUGUUGCAUACUUCUCAUCUAGAGGUCCUUCAGCCAUCUCAAGGAACAUCCUCAAGCCUGACAUUGCAGCACCAGGAGUAGAAAUAAUUGCAGCUUGGAUUGGCAAUGACACACAAAUAGCUCUUAAAGGCAAAGAACCACCACUAUUCAAUGCGCUCUCAGGAACUUCCAUGGCAUGUCCGCAUGUUUCUGGACUCGCUGCAUCUGUAAAAUCCCAGAAUCCCAAAUGGAGCCCCUCUGCGAUCAAAUCAGCCAUUAUGACCACAGCAUCUCAGAGGAACAAUGCCAAGGCCCCCAUAACAACAGAUUCAGGUUCCAUAGCCACAGCUUAUGAUUAUGGGGCAGGAGAAAUAAGCAAAAAUGGACCAAUGCAACCUGGGCUAGUUUAUGAAACGACAACAACUGACUACUUAAACUUUCUUUGUUAUUAUGGAUACGAUACAACCGAAAUAAAACUCAUCUCAAAAACUCUUCCAGACGGCUUUAGUUGCCCCAAGGAUUCAAUCUCUGAUCUAAUUUCCACCAUCAACUAUCCAUCCAUUGCAGUUUCCAGCUUAAAGGUAAACAAGGUUCUGAAUAUAACUAGAACUGUUACAAAUGUUGGUGGAGAUGGAGAUACAACAUAUCAUCCAAUCAUCACAUUGCCAGCAGGAAUAAUCGCUAGAGUCUCUCCAGUUCGCUUGCAAUUUACAAAGAAUGGACAGAGACUGAGUUACCAUUUACUUUUCAAUGCAACUUCAACUUUGGAAAAUGUGUUUGGGGACAUUACAUGGAGCAAUGGAAAAUUUAACGUACGAACUCCAAUUGUUAUGAGCUCUACAAAUCAAUAAUAAGUGACAAAAAAUAAUUUUGAUAUGAUAAAGUAAUAUGCCCCCGAAGUUAAUGCACUACAGAUGAAAAUAAAUAUAUUGAUUUAAUAAAUGAUGCUGCAUGAAUCCAUCA